AUGAGCGUACGUCUUCCCAAGCCACGCCGCAUCAAGCUCCGCGAUGCGCUCUUGCAACCCGUCAACCCUCGGCCGUUCCUCCAGGCUAGAGUCGGCACUGAGGUCCUCAUCCGUCUUAAGUGGGGCCAAACCGAGUACAAGGGUACCCUGGAGAGCAUCGAUUCCUACAUGAACGUUCUGCUGCGGGAUACGGAGGAACACAUUGAUGGAAAGCACACUGGAUCUUUGGGCUUGGUUCUUAUUCGGUGUAACAACAUCCUCUGGAUGGGCUCGGCGUCAGACGUCGAAAUGACGGACCUCGGAUUAAAAUAA